AUGUCUGAUAAGGAGGAUUUAAAAAAAUAUUUUGAUGAGGAUAAUCAAAAUCAGCCGCAUAAACUUCCUGGUCCAGAUAUAUCUAAUCCAAUAUGGAUGGUAACUCGUAGGCAACAUACUGAAGUGUCACCUGUUCAUGUUCGUGAUGCUGAUACAUAUGAAGUUGUAUCAUCACCGUAUCAUACACGUUCAGUAACUACAACAGAAAGAGUUCAUGUAAUGCAGACACCAUUAAAUAUAGAUAUAGAAGAUAUUAAUGAAGAUUUAAUUUCUUCUUUAUCACCAACAGGAAACACCAGUAAAACAGUUUUUUCAACUACAUCUACACAUCUUGAAGGUCCAACACAAAUUCAUGGUGGUCUUACUUUAUCAGGAGCACCAUUACAUUUAGGUGUUCAAAUGCAACCAGAAUCAAGGCAAACAACCACUGUAAUUACCACAACAACAACAACAUACCGUGUCGUGGAAUCAUCAGAAGAAAUACCAAUGGAAACAGAUGAAGAUAUAAUGUCACCAAUGACAAUCGAUUUACAAUUUUUACGUGCUAUGGCUUCACCUCAAUCUACGCAUGUAAAAACAGACAUUCUUAUUCCAUCAAAAUCUAGUAAAAAUUCAGAUUUUGAUAAAAGUACUGAUUCAUUAUCACCUAAAGACCAAAAUUAUGUUAUAAUAAAUAAAACUGAAAAUUCAAAUCCUGUUUCACCAUCAAGUGAAAAAACAAAAUUAAUAUUUGAAUACAUUCCAUAUGAUUCUAAAUACCCUGAACAAGCAACAUAUACUGGACCAGUUACAAUAACACAAAAAAAAGACGAUUUACAAACAUUACCAAUUCAACAUCAUGUUCAGAUAUAUCAUCCAACAGGACAAAGUGAUAUUUCUCUUGAAAUGGAAAAUGUUCAUAAAAUAGGUGAAAAGCGAUAUCAAAAAAGUAGUAUAUUUAAAAAUAUGUUUAAAAGAAGAAAAUCAACAGGAGAAAAUAAUACAAUUCCUGAAUACAAUGAAAAUAUUUCAAAUAAUAGUGAUAUAAAAGAUUUAGAAGAAUUGGCAUUAGAUGAUGAAGGUAAUCUAACUACUAACGUUAAAAUAAAAACAGAAACAAUUAAAAAAGAUGACCCAAAAAAAAAUUUAGGAUCAAAAAUAAGUCAAUUCUUCAAAAAAAAUCAAGGUAAAGAAAAAGAUUUAAGUAAAGAAGAAAAUUUAGAAUAUUUAAUAGAUAACAAAAAAUUAGAUAGCAUGCUCGAUCAUACAUCGCUUCCAGCUUAUUCAGAAAGCUUUACAAAUGAUAAUCAACAAAAAAAAUUAGAAAAAAUAGAAAAAAAAAUUAUGCCAGCUAAUAUAGAAAAAACAUUUUCACCAGAUUAUAUUUAUGAAAAAUCGAACGAACAACAUUAUGAUAUAAUAGAAAAAAAAGCAGAUUUAUUAGAAGAACCAAUAGAAUUUCAUGUUUAUAUAUAUCAUCCCGGAUGGUAUAAUGAUAUAAAAGAAGAAAAAAACAAAGGCAAUAAUAAAUUAACAACAACAAAUUUACAAAAAUACAACGAAAAAAAAGAAUUUAAUAAGAAUAAUCCGGAAAACGAAAAUAAAUUUAACGAUAGUAUGAAUAACGAAAAUAUUUUAAACGAAAAUGAUUAUAUAAUAGUAGAAAAUGAUGAAGUAGAUAUUCAACAAAUUGAUGAUUUUGAAAAUAUAUAUCAUUACCCAAAAAAUGAUACACAAACAGAUUCAAAAAUUAAUGAUAACGCAAAAGAGAAAAAACCAAAUAAUAUUAAAGACAAAAAAGGUAAAUUUUCCAAAAUUACAAGUUUAUUUGGAACAAAAUAUGUUGAUUAUCCUUUUGAAUCUGAACCAUUUAGUGGCAAAUUAGAAGAAAUUAAACCUUCAGGAGAAUUAAGUGGACUUGAAUUACAACAAUACAUUAAAAAUAUUCCGUAUGGGUGCUAUGAUAAACUUAAAGAAAAAGAAGAACAAAUAAAAAAUAUAGAUAGAAGUGAAACAAAAGAUCCAAAAGAUCUAAUUUUGGAAAAAGGAAAACAUCUUAAAAAUGAUAUUUUAGGAAUGUUUAAAAAGGAAUAUGGAGAUUACCCUAUUUCAGAACCAUAUCUUGGUGCACUAAAUGAUAUAAAUAAACAGAAUGAUCUCGAUGAAGAACCAUUAAAUUUACAUGUUUCUAAAUAUCAUGUAGGAUAUUAUACAACAAUAGAGAAACCAAAAGAGGAUAAUAAAAAACUUCAAAAGGAACCAAGUGAUUCUGGUGACAAAAAAGGAAGAUUUGCCAAGAUUACUAGUAUUUUUAGUGGAAAAUCAGUUGAUUAUCCAGUAGAUUCAGAACCAUAUAGUGGUAAAUUAGAAAAAACUAAGACUUCAUCUGAAUUAUCAGGUGUACCAUUAGAGCAAAAUGUUGAAACAAUUCCUUCUGGAUACUAUGAAAAAUUGGUUGAAAAAGAUGAACCAUUAAAAACAGUUGAUGUAAAUGAAAUUAAAAAACCAGGAGAAUCGCUAAAAGAAAAAGGAAAGCAUCUUAAAGAUGAUAUUCUUGGAAUGUUUAAAAAGGGUCAUAGUGAUUACCCAGUUUCUGAACCAUAUACUGGUAAAAUAGAAGAAACUAAGCCUUCUUCUGAAUUAACUGGAGUUUCACUACAACAACAUGUUGAAGCAAUUCCUUCUGAAUACUAUGAUAAAUUAAUUGAGAAAGAUGAACCAGUAAAAACAGUUGAAGUAGAAGAAAUCACUGAUCUGCAAUGA